CGCUGGCCGUCGCGACUGUGCACGGGGUCCUUGGCUUGGUGUAAUGUGCAUCGUUCCACGCCGCACAGAGAGGAAGUGAAGAGAGGAAUAGCGCGAGUUUCAGCCGACAAGACCGCAGCCAUCAGUUUCAGACUUUGGUUCGUCAGCAUGGACCCUUCGGUGUUUUGGAAAACCUCUGUCAAGGGAGCGAAAUAUGGGUUAAAGAGGAAGUAUCAGUAAAUCAACACCUGGUUGGCUGGAGCAUCACACGUACUUCAGAGAGAGUUCAGACGGUGAAGAGAAUGGCACAAGGAUCUUGAGCAGUAAACUCUGCUACCUGGUAGCCCGGCUUCCUAUCCCGACCCUCCUGCAGCACUGGGGUCCAAUGAUCACCUCUGACCUCUGACCCUCAGCGAAUAAGAAGGCUGUGGUUUCGUCUGAGGAAAGUUCCGGAAGCAGCCAUGAAAAACGGGGAGGACCAAUGAGGAGCUUGGGAGCCCGGCCCACCAUGUCACCGCACAAGGGCGCUGGGCCUUCGGACCUCCGAAAACUCUGAACCGCAAGGUCCUAACCGGUGCCUGUACGGCUCAUAAGCGUGCCUGUCUACUCUCACUGCCAAAACCUGCCACUUAUAUCUCAAUGUGUAUGGAUGGAGUUGGAAUACCGUGAUGUCAAUCGUAUACUGAAAAAGAUGCGCUUCUGGAACUUUCUAUAAGGGGCUCUGAAAGAUAUACAAGCAAGCAGCGCGAAUAAAUGGACAAGACAAUGUGCAACAUCUCUUUCUGCAAAGUGGACUCAAAUAUCGACCAUCUUUUCCAGCCGACGUUGUACAUCAUCGUAAUUGUCCUGGGCCUACCGACCAACUGCAUGGCGCUGUGGGCGGCCUACAUGCAGGUCAAGCAGAAGAACGAACUGGGGAUCUACCUGAUCAACCUGUCGGUCGCCGACCUCCUGUACAUCGCCACGCUGCCCCUGUGGAUCGACUACUUCCUCCACCACGACAACUGGAUCCACGGGCAGGAGUCGUGCAAGCUCUUCGGCUUCAUCUUCUACACCAACAUCUACAUCAGCAUCGCCUUCCUCUGCUGCAUCUCGCUGGACCGCUACCUGGCCGUGGCCCACCCGCUCAAGUUCGCCAAGAUCCGGCGGGUGAAGACGGCCGUGCUGGUGAGCGUGGUGGUCUGGGUCAUCGAGAUCGUGGCCAACUCGGCGCCCCUCUUCCACAACGAGCUCUUCAAGGACCGCUUCAACCACACCUUCUGCUUCGAGAAGUACCCCAUGCAGGAGUGGGUGGCGGGGAUGAACCUGUACCGCAUCUUCCUGGGGUUCCUCUUCCCCUGGGUGCUCAUGAUCUUCUCCUACCGCGGCAUCCUGCGGGCCAUCCGGGGGAACAUCUCCACGGAGAAGCAGGAGAAGGCCAAGAUCAUGCGCCUGGCGCUGAGCCUGAUCAUGAUCGUGCUGUUCUGCUUCGCGCCGUACCACGUGCUGCUGCUCUGCCGCAGCGUCUUCUUCCUCGUCCGGCCGUGCGACUGCCGCUUCGAGGAGGACCUCUUCACGGCCUACCACGUCUCGCUGGCCGUCACCAGCCUCAACUGCGUGGCCGACCCCAUCCUGUACUGCUUCGUCAACGAGGGCGCGCGCAGCGACGUGACGCGCGCCCUGGCGGCCCUGAUGGGGGGGUGCGGCCGCGGGCCCCGCCCCGAGCCGCUGGCCACCGGCUCCGUCACCAUGGAGACGCCGCUCUCCACCAAGAAGCCCAACUUCUACAACGAGGCCAAGCCCAGCACGUAUAAGACAGAACUGGUGGCCCUGAGAGAGGAGUGCCUUCAGAUGACGAUACUCAGUGUUAAGAAAUGAACGGCCAAGAUACUUUACGACUAUUCCUUUUUUUUUUUUUCUCCCCGGUCUUUAUAUUUUUUUGUUCUACUGUGCUUCGGUUCUGUGAGGAGUCUGCUGCAUACCAGGGUUAAUGGCCCCUAACCGUCCUCUGGCCAUUUAUUGUACAAUUUUAUUUUCAACCUUUUUCCAGGACAUUGGAACUGAAUAGCUUACAUAUGUCUGAAUAGGCGUUUAAUUCUGAGCAGUACUGACAAAGUUUCACAUAGAACAUUGUUGAAAUUACAGUGAUAGAAGGCCUUAUUUCGCGCUUACUUUGAGUGGUGUCUUGUAGGAAUUAAGAAGGAAUUCCUGUUAU